AGGGGACGGGACGGGAUCGGCCUCCCUCUCCCCCUGCCCGGACCCCUCCGAGCGUCUUCCCAACGGUCUCCCUAGGCCUGUCCCCACCCGCCCGCUCGCCUGUCCGUCCGAGAGCUGUGCGGCCGGGAGGCCUCGGCCCAACAGGAGGUUGUCAUGGCGACCAACGGAGACCCAGAGGAGGAGGAGGAGGAGCAGGUGGUGCCCGGAGCAGAGGACGCGGCCAAAGACGUGAAGGCUGUGCAGGCCCGCUACCUACGGAGCCCCACCCCCAGCCAGUACUCCACAGUCUCGGACGCAGAGACGGAGAGCAUCUUCAUGGAGCCCAUCCACCUCUCGUCCUCCGUGGCCGCCAAGCAGAUCAUCAGUGAAGAGCUGAAGACGCGGGAGUUGCGGUUGGAGGCUCCGGGCGCGGGGCUGCUGGAGUCGGCGGAGCAGCUGCUGGUGGAGGACCUGUACAACCGAGUCAAGGACAAGCUGGACGACAGCAGCCCCUACAACACGCCCUGCGUCCUCGACCUGCAGCGCGCCCUGCUUCGGGACCGCCUGCAGGCCCCCUGGAAUGAGGUGGACGAAGUUUGGCCCAACGUCUACAUCGCCGAGAAGAGCGUGGCCGUGAACAAGAGCCGGCUGAAGAGGCUGGGAAUCACCCACAUCCUCAACGCCGCACACGGAGCCGGCGUCUACACAGGCCCCGAGUUCUACGCGGGGCUGGAAGUCCAGUACCUGGGGAUCGAGGUGGACGACUUCCCCGAGGUGGACAUCGCCCAGCACUUCCGCAGGGCCGCAGAGUUCCUGGAUGAAGCCCUGCUGACGUACAGAGGGAAAGUCCUGGUGAGCAGCGAGAUGGGGGUGAGCCGUUCGGCGGCGCUGGUAGUGGCCUACCUGAUGAUCUUUCACCACAUGGCGGUCCUGGACGCCCUGAUGACGGUGCGCGGGAAGCGGGCCGUCUGCCCCAACGACGGCUUCUUGAAGCAGCUGCGGGAACUCAACGAGAAGCUGAUGGAGGAGCGGGACGAGGAUCCGUCCGGGGAGGAAGGCGAGGACCGGGAGCCGGGCCCCGUGGUCGAGGCGGGCGAGGACGCCGGGAGCCUGCUGGGGGCCAGGGUCCACUCCAUCACCGUGGAGGAGGAGGAGGACGGCGCCAGCCUCUUGGGCAGCGAGCUGGGCGGCCGACGCCGGGCCCACCCCGAAGAGGAGUCGCUGGUCGCGGACGGGGCGUGGGGGCAGAGGAGCCAGGUGGGGAGGAGGGAGCAGAGGAUGCCAGCGCAAGGGAGCACGGAGGAGGAGCCCGGGGAGGAUGUGCACAGGAUCGUCCGGGAGUGGCAGAGCAGGAAUGAGGAGUACCAGGCGGAGGGGGCUUGGAGGUGGUCCCGGGAGGAGGAGGAGGGGGAGGAAGGGACCACCCCGGUGCCAGGGCUCGGCAGGAGGCGUGCUUCCAGCGUGGGCAGCUCCUCGCAGGGCACGGCCAGCAGCUGGGGCGCGUGGAGCCAGCGGCUGAGGGAGAUUGAGCAGGAGGCGGCACGUAAGUACCGUGCCCGGGGCCGGGAUGGGGAGGCCGACCCGGGCCCAGAGGGCGACCAGGGUGACGACGACGAUGACGACAAGGAGAGCGUGACUUCGGACACCAGCUCCUUCUUCAACUUCUGCAAGCGGAACAAGGACAAGCUGACGGCCCUGGAGAGGUGGAAGGUCAAGAGGAUCCAGUUCGGCUUCCACAGGCGGGACUCGGAGGCCGAGGAGGGCGGCGGGCCGGAGGCGCAGGCCCGGCCGGCCUCCGGGGGCCCCCCGGACGUCGACCUGACAGCCUACCAGGCCUGGAAGCUCCGGCACCAGAAGAAGGUGGGGGGCGACGAGAACAAGGACGAGGUGGUGGAGCUGGGCAAGGGCGAGGGCGAGGUCUCGGCCAAAAAGAAGCAGCGGAGGCUGGAGUUGCUGGAGAGGACCCGCCAGACCCUGGAGGAGAGCCAGGCCCUGGGCCAAGGCGGGCCGGACGGCUCGGACGCCGCCGGUGGGAGCCUCCCCUUCCCCCUCUCCGCCCUCUGGGCCGCGACCGCCCAACGGGCCGACGACGCGGGCUCCGAGCUGAGCGGGCUGAGCGCCCGCUCGCUGGAGGCCCCCAGCGAGGCCGUCUCCUUGGCCAGCCUCCAGAGCUGGAUCGUCAGCGUGGUCAGCGAGACCCUGGCCCAGAAGCAGCGCGAGCUGCUGCCGUUGGCGCAGCCCCCGGCCUCCCUGGGCACCCGGCCCACGGGCCUCAGCCACCACCCGGAUGGGGACGGCGGUGCCGCCCGUGAGGCCGACGCGCUCUCCGUGCUGUCCUGCUCUUCGACGGCCGGCGGCGGGGCCGGGGCCUCCGGGACGAGCAAGCCCGUGUACAGCCUGUUCGCGGACACCGUGGACCUGCGGGAACUCAGCCGGAAGGAAAAGGAGCAGCAGAGGGGCCUGCGGGACAAGAUGGCCGAGUGUCGCGCCCAGAAGCUCACCUCAGACCACAAGCGCAGCUCCCUGUUCAGGAGGAAGAAGGCGACGGCCGCGGAAGAGGACGACGAGGGAGGCCGGGGGGACGAGGAGGCCGACAGCGCCAUCGGCAGCUUUCGGGUCUCCUCCCGCGGGGGCUCCCGGCCGGCCGGCUCGGCCGCCCCCUCCUCCUCGGCCGCCUCCUCCACCGUCUCCGGCCUCGGGGGCCGGCCCGCCGCGUCCCAUGUGGACGCGCAUCAGGCCGUAGACCGGUGGCUCCGGGGUCUGGGCGGGGAAGAGGAGGCUGACCCCGGGUACCCGGGGGAGAGGGUCAGACGGUCGUCCACCGUCAGGGAGGCCGAGACCUGCAGCUUCCGGGCCUCCAGGGCCCGGUGCGAGGAGCGGGCCAGCUCCUCCUCCCAGUGGGACUCCCGGGGCCGCUCCGCCUCACACUUCUCCGCCACGUCCAGCCGAGAGGACGCGGAGAUGUUCCGCUUCUCCCGGUCCACCUACAGCCAGAGGACCGGUUCGGAGGCCGGGGGCCCCGCCUUCCGGCGGACCCCCGAGUCCCAGCGCCACACCUGGGGAGACAAGGGGGCCCACGAGGAGGAGGAAGAAGAGGGGGAGGAAGAAGAAGAGGCCGGCGGUUCGGACUUCUCCGAGUUCGGGGCCAAGAGGAAGUUCACGCAGAGUUUCAUGAGGUGCGAAGAGGAGGAUGAGGAGGAAGAGGAGCGAGCAGAGCGCAGCGAGGAGGGUCGGAUGUCCUGGAGGAGACGCUCCCAGCACCGGCGCGGUGGCGGGGAGGAGGAUGAAGAGGAGCAGGUGGAUGACGAGGCCAUCAUUGCGGCCUGGAGGCGCCGGCAGGAGGAGACCAGGACCAAGCUGCAGAGGCGGAGAGAGGAGUGAGGGGGAGGACGUCCCCUGGGUCACUGGCCCCCCGACGGGCCCUCUCCCUCCUGCGCCCAGAUGCCCAGGGAGUUGUGGCAGUAGCCACUUGGGCUGGAGUCAGCCCUGCAGGGAGCCAUGGGCGGGGAAGCGUUUUAGAGUGAGAGAGACACACAGAGAGAGUCAGAGACGGAGGCAGAGAGACAGGGAGAGUCAUUGUCCCUCUAACCACUCCGAGUGCUGAGUGUAUUUCAUUUAAGAAUUCUUGAUCUGCAUUAAAGGGUCAUUUCCAAA